AUGCAGUUUGUCGAGCUGGUGAAAUUUCUUGUUUUAUAUGCGACAUUGGCAGCCUCGUUAAAGCUGGAGGUGCCUGCCACGCUGCACAACCCACCACCGACGUGUGUGAGGGAGCCGAUUGCCGGCGGACAGCUUGUUGUUGUUAACGUGAACACGAACGGGUUUGUGGGCGACGGACAGAGUUUGACGCUACGGAUUGUGGAUUCCGAGGGCAACGAGUACCGGAAGCAACGUGACGUGGCGGGCAACUUCCACGCCGCGUUCACGACGCAAUCGUCCACAUCGCUGGACGUGUGUUUUGAGAACCGCUUGCUCAACAGACAAAGAGAAGGCCAGCUGUCGCGGGAGAUCGAGUUGGAGGUGGAGGCCGGUGCGGCCGCCAGAGACUGGAAUGCCAUCCAGGCAGUGGAGAAAUUGAAGCCUGCGGAGGUCGAGUUCCGUAAGAUCGAGGAGAUGAUUGACGAAAUCAGCGGCGAGAUGCAAUAUUUGGUUAGAAGAGAGGAAAGACUAAGAGAUACCAACGAGAGCACCAACAGACGUACGAGAAACUUCAGUGUUUUGAUCAUGUUUGUACUGAUUGGCGUUGGUUUAUGGCAAGUGCAAUAUCUGAGAAACUACUUCAGAUCCAAGCAUAUUUUGUAA